UAUCAGAAUUCAUCCAAUAACAUGAUUACAUCCCACCUAUUAGCUAUAUAUAUUAUUUUCGUUUACGACAAACAUAUUAAAAUAUAAAUAAAAAUAUAUAAAAUAAAAUGCUGAUGGUAUCAAACCUUGCCUUGGUUCUUAAUAUAAUUGUUGUUAUUUGUCAAACUGAAAAAUUGGAUUCCAUUAUUUCUGGGGUUCUUCUACAGAUUCUCCUACAUCAUUUCUCUCAAUUUCAAAAUACUUAAUUUCUUGAUGUUCAUCAAUUAAAUUUCAAGUUCCAGCUGACGUAUUGCAGGUAAUGCAGAUUGUUGGGAUUGAGAAAGCUAAUUGUAGUAGCUAGAGAAGUUGAUUAGUCAUACAAUUCUAUAGAGAAACAUGAAUUCAGCAUCAGCACAAUUCGUAAUGUCUAGAAGAAUGAAUAUGUACGAGCCACUCCACCAGAUUAGUUCAUGGGUGGAUAGUUUCAGAGACGAUGCCUUUCCAAAUGUGUCUCCUUCCACUAUUGUAGAAGUGAAUGAGAGACUAGAUAGCCUGUCAGAAGAUACUUCAUCACAUGGAGCGCAGGCACCAUCGAACAAGUAUGAUCAGGAAGAAUCUAAACCGAUUGAUAAGAUACAAAGACGACUUGCACAAAAUCGUGAGGCUGCUCGCAAAAGUCGCUUGCGUAAAAAGGCCUAUAUUCAGCAAUUAGAGCUAAGCCGUUCAAAAUUGAUGCAGAUGGAGCAAGAACUUGAACGAGUGAGACAACAGAAAUCUUUAAAUGGUUUAUUUCAGGGUACUUAUGUUGGUGGUGGAGUAGAACAGCUUCCUUUCUCCCCAAGUGUAAAUUCAGGGAUUGUCGCCUUCGAAAUGGAGUAUGGACAUUGGAUUGAAGAGCAAAAUAAACAGAUUUGUGAGCUCAGGAAUGCUUUGAAUGCGAAUGUUAGCGAUGUUGAGCUCCGGAUUCUAGUGGAUAGUGGCAUGAAACACUACUUUGAUCUUUUCCAGUUGAAGGGAAGUGCAGCUAAGGCUGAUGUAUUUUAUCUCAUAUCUGGCAUGUGGAAAACUUCCACUGAGCGCUUUUUUUUGUGGAUCGGAGGGUCUCGUCCAUCGGAAUUACUAAAGGUACUUGGUCCACAGCUUGAUCCCUUGACAGAUCAACAAGUCGUGGACGUGUACAACCUCAAACAAUCUUGUGAGCAAGCAGAGGAGGCUCUUUCACAGGGGAUGGAAAAAUUACAGCAAACUCUUGGAGAAACUAUCGCAACUGAUCACUUAGGCGAAGGAAUUUACACAUCGGAAAUGGCAAAUAAUGCAAUUGAGAAACUUGAAGUCCUUGUUAGCUUUAUAAAUCAGGCAUCGAUUUUGGCAGAUCAUCUUCGAAAAGAGACACUGCUGCAAAUGCACCGGAUCCUAACUAUGCGCCAAGCAGCUCGAGGGUUGUUAGCUCUAGGAGAGUAUUUCCAACGUCUAAGGGCUCUAAGCUCCCUUUGGGGUAGUCGUCCUCGACAACCUGCGUAACUUUUGCGCACAAACAGUCAACAUUACCAAAUUUUCAGCUCAGGGUGCAUUUUUACAGCUAUAAUAAGGCUGUUAAAAUGUAUAGCUCGCCGACCCUCAUUCUUAUAGCUAGAACCCUCCUUCAACAAGAAGAUUUGUAAAUAUACAGCAGCGAUGUAAUUUUUCUCCGAUGAUAGUUUGUAAUGUGUUAUGGAAACUUCAGAUAAACGUCCUCCCGAAAGUCCCUUUUUUUUUUUACCAUCUGAGUGUGAUCUUGUGUGAUGUAAUAUGUAAAUCAUGUAGGCAUUUUUGUGUACCUCAUCAAUUUUGUAUAUCAUAUAAUGUUAGUUGUUAUUGGACGAAAAUCUGGAAGCAUGUAAUAAGUGUAAAUGUUUGCUAAAAUCGA